CCCCCCAAGCAUGUUACUGACCAGGUCAUAGCCCAGAUCUGCACUUCUCAGCGGCUUGGGGGAAGUCUUUCCUUCCUCACCUCUCUCCCCAAGUUGCAGCAGCAACACCUUCUACUGACUUGAUCAAAAAUGACUGUCAAGGCUGCAAGAAUGUCAUGCAUCACUCCAAAUAUUUAUGCUAAAGUGCCUGAUGGAGGAUGGGGCUGGAUUGUGGCAUUUGCUUUCUUCUUUAUAGAAGCCCUGACAUAUGGCAUCAUCAAGUCUUUCGGAGUCUUCUUUACAGACCUGGUAGAAAGCUUUGAUGAAACAAAUAGCAGGAUAUCAUGGAUAAUCUCGAUAUGUGUAUUUGUGCUAACUUUCACAGCUCCCCUCUCUACAGUCCUGUCUAAUCGCUUUGGUCACCGUAUGAUUGUGAUGCUUGGAGGAGUACUGAUCAGUACUGGAAUGGUUGCAGGCUCCUUUGCACGCACAGUUGUUGAAAUGUAUCUCUCAAUUGGGAUAGUUUCAGGCUUUGGAUACUGCCUUGCCUUUCUUCCAACCGUCACUAUUCUGUCACAGUACUUUGACAAAAAACGUUCAUUAGUCACUGCAGUGGCUUCUACAGGAGAAUGUUUUGCUGUCUUCUCUUUUGCACCAGCUAUCACCGCUUUCAAAGAACACUUUGGUUGGAGAAAUGCCCUUCUAUUCGUUGGUUUACUGCAGCUUGGAAUCAUUGCUUGUGGAUCACUGCUGCGACCCAUCAUAGUCAAAACACAGGAAGAAGUGAAAGUAUCACCAGCUGAAGAGCAGAGAGAGACCAAGUACAUGCUUGAAAAUGAGCAGACACGCACCUCAAUAGAUUCCAUUGACUCAGGAGUUGAAGUAACUACCUCACCUAGUAACAAACACAGAGAUGCCAGGUUAGAACUGAAAAGCGAAGAAGAACCAAAGGAAAUUACAAAGGUGCUCAUAGAAGCUAGCAGCAUCCCUAACAAGGAACCAAAAAUUCAACUCCUGGACUUCUCUGUGAUGAAAGAUUAUAGCUUUAUUUGCUAUGCACUGUUUGGUUUAUUUGCCACUCUGGGAUUCUUUGCUCCUUCCCUAUAUAUAAUUCCUCUCAGUAUGAGCCUUGGUAUUGACAAAGAUCGCUCUGCAUAUAUACUGUCAGCAAUGGCAAUCGCUGAAGUCUUUGGCAGAAUCAGUGCUGGCUGGGUCCUCAACAGAAAGCCUAUCCGAAAAAUUUACAUUGAACUCAUCUGUGUCAUUCUGCUGGAUCUUGCCCUCUUUGCUUUCCCUUUUGCUUAUGAAUUUUGGGGGCUAAUGAUGUGUAGCAUCUUCUUUGGGUUCAUGCUUGGAACUGUGGCAGGCACGCACAUUCCUAUGUUGGCCGAAGAUGAUGUGGUUGGCAUCGAGAAGAUGUCUUCUGCUGCAGGGGUUUACAUAUUUGUUCAAAGCUUGUCAGGAUUGGCUGGACCACCUCUUGCAGGUAUGCUAGUGGAUACCACAAAGAACUACAGAUCUGCAUUCUACUCCUGUGCUGCUGGCAUGCUGCUGGCUGCUGUGUUCCUUUCUUUGGUAAGGCCUUGCAAGAAAGUGCUGUGUCAAAGUAGGAAACAACCAGCAGAUGAGACUGUUUCAGAACCUCUACAUGAUAUACCAGAUGACUUUAUAGAAGCUGACCUUGGAAAAAGUGAGGAUUCUGUAAGAGGCUGUGACAGCAUGGCUUGAGUAGAAAAUACGUG